UUUUUUGCUGAAUUGUAAAACUACAUUUAGUGAUGGAAACCAGUUGGACUGUACAUCUGCUGCCUCUCUUAGCUCUGACAUUGGCUUUUGUCACAGCUGUUCCAGAUGAAAAAGACGGAAAUUGGUCCAGUGAAAUGGAAGCUAAGAACCUGCAUCAAGCAAUACUAGGUGUAACGAACAAUAAAAUCAUGACAGCACAGUUUGAAUGCUAUCAGAAAAUUAUGCAAACUACUGAAGAAUAUGAAGGUCCACAUUGCAACAGAACAUGGGAUGGUUGGUUAUGCUGGGAAACUACUCCAGCAGGACAAACUGUAGAACAAAACUGUCCAGACUACUAUCAGGACUUUGACCCUUCAGAAAAAGUUUAUAAGAUCUGUGAAGAAAGCGGACACUGGUUUGUGCACCCUGAGAGUAAUAGAAUUUGGACAAACUUUAGCCUUUGCACUCAUCAGAUGCAAUAUAAAUUGCAGGUUGGAUGCAAAGUGGCACAAUUCAUUCAGUUUUACUUCAUGGUUUGCAAUUACUUCUGGAUGCUCUGUGAAGGGAUUUACUUGCAUACUCUGAUUGUGGUGGCUGUAUUUGCAGAAAAGCAGCAUUUACUUUGGUAUUACCUCCUUGGAUGGGGCUUCCCGUUGAUACCUUCCUGCAUACAUGCUGUAGCCAGAAGCUUAUAUUACGAUGACAACUGCUGGAUCAGUUCAGAGACUCAUCUGCUGUACAUCGUCCAUGGUCCUAUUUGCGUUGCUCUUUUGGUAUGAACUUUUAAAAACAGUUUCUUUCUUCUUCUUCUCCUCCUCCUC